GUCGAGAUGGGGACUAGUGAUUCCCUGCCUGGCAGAAAAAUUCUACUUCUCGAAAAUGGAGCAGGAAAAAGCUUUGCAAAGCGAAGCUCCUUCGUUCUUGAGGAUAGUAAAGAUAUUGAAGGUUGUACAGUAAAGGUGAAUAAACCUGAAGUUGAUGACGCUAAAAGGAACUACAUUAUUGGGUUCAGCAUAAUGUUCACUGGAGUUCUCAUUCUGACUUUGAAGCACACUUUAAUAAGGCUGAUGUCAUUUCACAGCCCAUACCUCUCAGUAUAUGACAUAAUCGUGUUCAGGGGAGGAGUCAUGGCUAUUUUUAAUUUCUUCUUCUCGCUUGGAGUUAAAUCUUAUAAGCAGAUUCCAAGUUUACCUAAAGGAGCCUUCUUCUUUAUAUUCUUGAGGUCAGUUCUAGGAGUGAUAAAUUACUCCUCAGAGAGUUAUACUGUGGCUAGGCUUCCUCUUUCAAAAUCAAUACUGAUGUUCAGCUGCAGUGCUAUUACUUGUGCAAUCUUGGCAUGGAUAUUCUUAAGAGAACGGCUCAGUUUACCCUACAUCCUUUGCCUAGUUGGUGGAACUGUGGGAGUGUACAUUUUGUCUCUUGGCAAAGAAGACACUCACAAGACUGGAGGUAUUUCUGCCUAUUUUGCAGCAGUACUAGCGAUCUGGGCAAGUGGAGCUUCGAUUGUAGCUUCACGCCAGCUUAAUCUGUACAAGGUUCAUUUUUAGCGUAUUCGGAGCUGCUUUUGGAACGCACUUCGUAGUUGCCACUGUGGUAUGCUUCCUGCUAUUUGACGAUGUGUUACACUUCCAGAUGUACACAAAUUAUGAUAUUUUCAUGCUAAUGCUUCACGCAGUUACGGGAACUGCCUUCAUGAUUAUGUAUUAUGUAGCCACUCAGUACAUGCAAGCCACUUACGUAGGCCCCUUGAAGAACCUUGAGAUAAUCUUCACGAUCUUCAUCGACAUCUUCCUAUUCAACUACUCAUUCACUGGGGAAGACAUCAUCGGAAUGUCAAUCCUUGCCACCUGUAUUGCAAUAUUGCUAAUAUUAAAAUUUAUUUAG